UUUGUGGGAUUUUUAAAAUUGAUUUUCGCACAUUUAUUUGCAGUUGUUCAACCGUGUUCGUUUUCUGUUUAUGGCUCCAGUGGGUUCAUCAGCUCCAGUGGAACUAAGUACUACCGCCAUUGUACAUGGUUCAUCACUGUACCAUCUAACCACACCGUCAAACUGAAAUUUACGAUAUUUCGUCUACCUAAUUAUCCCAUUUGGCGUCAAGCUAAGAUCCAGGUCCAUGACGGAAAAGGGAAAAGUGAUACCGUACUGGGAGUUUUUACUGGGGCAAGACAGCCCUUCAUCAUACAAACAAGUGGUCGGUUCAUGAUGUUCACUUUACAAAAAGAGUAUUCCUUCACCCCUUGUAACUUUAAGGGAACUUUUAUAAGUUCAAGAAAAGGUAAGCGAAAGUAAUUAUAUAUUAGUAAGAGAAUAAGAUCUAGAACUGCCUAAGAAUGCUAAUUAGCUCCUCAUGCUCUUGGACGUCCCAACUGAUGUGGAAUAACUGAAUGCGUCUCAAAAGCGAUGACAAUUUUUCAUACCUUCAAGUAAAUUAAUAAAUUAAAACUAUAUUAAAAAUGUUCUUCUGAUUGUGACAAUUAAAGCCUGUCACCGUUCAAUACUGCAUAAAGAGGAAAGCUUAACGAAAGAAAAACUGUAAAACAGAGGAAUAUUUUACAGAGCACUCUGUCAUCGUUAAAUAAUAUAAAAUAAAUAAAUUUUAUACCUUAAGGAAACAUUUAAAAGAAUACUUUGGUAACGAAGUUUUCUCUCAAAUUUUGAAACUACUCCUUUAAGACAUUUUCUUUUACUUUUCCCGGUAGCUCAAUUUAAAUCAAGUGAUAAAGAUGUAAUGUAGCUUGUUAUUUAUUGACAUAAGCAAAGCUAUGUAACGAUACGCACGCGUACAGAACCGUAAGUAUUCUCCAUUCAAAAAUUAAACUCAACGUGGAAUGUGGUGGAGUACAGAAUGACGAAAACACGGAAAUGGCGAGGGCUGCAUAGUAACGUAGACCUUACAAAUCAAAAAAGUUUUGUUUUAUUUUUUCCGAAAAAAAAAAAAUGAAAUGGCGAGGGCUGCAUAGUAACGUAGACCUUACAAAUCAAAAAAGUUUUGUUUUAUUUUUUCCGAAAAAAAAAAAGGGACCAAAAACGAUUAAGAUGUUAUUCCUUCUUGAUCAGUAACACUUAAUCCUUCCUCUGACGGUCUCGUUAAAAUUGAAUGAAUGAAAAAAAUGGAAUGCGAGAAAUGUGGCGUAAAUGUGGCAUACCAAGGAAACCUUUGUUUCUCAGAAAUAACCAACUGUGACCAAAACAACAAAAAAGCAUAAUUCAAUUCAACUACUGGCCCGGCGGCCUUACUUGAAGGUGCUUUCACAGUUAAUACAUCAAAGCAUUGACUCCAGAAAACGCUGUCAUGUAAACAAACCCCUUGCCUGAAGCGCUUAUUUGUUGUCAAAAACUUUCUGGGAAGUUGUAGGAGUAAAAUUUUAUAGUAGCAUUAGGUCAAACUUUUUCGAUUGACAGUUCAAGAAAACUGACGUUUUAUUGGUAUAUAAUGUUAAACUUAGUUUAAAUGCGCAACGAUUUGAUGACGCGAUUCAAAUCAAGUACUUGAUAUCAUAAAUGCGGCUCUCCUGUAUUCUUUCUAUCAGUCCUUACUGACUAUCAGUUGAUUGUUUCCUGAGUUUGUAAAGUGGGACAUUUUACAACAAUGUGAGAUAGUAUUGAAACGUUUAAAUUUCAAAGGGAUGGCCGGAAACGAUAACACGAGGCAUGUCUGACUUACGGAAAACCAAUUUCAGUUACAGUGUAAAUUAAAAGUAUGCCCGUACUUAUCUCAAACGUCGAACUCACGAAUACCCUCCAAUCUAGCUACUAAAAUUCUUGAGUAUCGUUUAGCGUGAUCGAAGCGUGAUGUUCUACAAGAAAAGAAAUAACUUAUCUUUGGGAGUGUUAUUUAAGUAGAUUUAAUUAACUCUAAUUUAAUUAACUUGCAACCUGAUAUGACUUGAAAUCGGGACAUCUUAAAACCUGCUAAAUUUUCUUUUUCAGAAAAGCCGAGGAUAAGGGUACCGUUGAAGGAGUUGCGAACUGUACCAGAGCAUUAUCUCUGGUUUCUGCUGGAAGGUACCCCACCGAUUAACUUGACUCUAACGAAUACAUCAAUAUCCUUGAAGGGCGGUUUGGUCAUAAAAGGAUUCCAACUAAAUCAGACGGGUACCUUUCAAUACACUCUACUGGCAGAAAAUGAAGAAGGAAGUGAUUCAAAAACGGUUGAAGUAACAGUUGUGGGUAAGGAUUCAAUACUGUUAAAUUUCAUUUGAAUGUAGAUAAUUAUAGUAGUUUGCACAAACAGUGGUGUUGGAUUUUGUUCUUAUUUUAUUCAUUUUUGCCUCGCCGUGAGAGACCUCUGCUAGCAGGGAAUUCCAUUCGGAGAAAAAAGAAAUGCAAGAAUAUUUAGACUAGUUGCCCUUGUACAUGUUUCGCCAUUGUUUUGAGCACGGGUAAUUUGUGUCCAUUAAGGUUUGUAAACAAAAAAAGAUUUACCAAAAUAUACAAAAUUUGGGAUUCAUCCUUGGUCAAUGUGCACACAUGAAAGUUGGUUAUUGACUUUUAAUAAUGCGUAUCGAAGUGUAUCCCAUUCGCUUUCUUGAAAAAAUUUAAUUCCCCUACAAAUUGCCUCAUUCAAGCGUCUAUUCCUUUUGCAGAUUGCAAGCAUUUGUGUAACAGUACAGGUUCGAUAACACGUUUUGGCCAAUUAACCAACAAACACGACUGUAGAAGAAGCAACAUAACAAAUAACUGGAAUUGCAUUCCAACUACAACCACUAAAUUGUAAGUGUAUAAUCUACUUACCUUAGAUUAAUUGGCCUAUUGUUUUCUUAUUUUACAACUUUGGGCCGCUAUUUAUGUCUUGUUAGACUAUCAAAUGCUCCAAAAUGACCCCAAAAGAAAUUAAAAAUUUUCUCACUACUACUUGUUUUAUUUUAACGAGAAAAGAACGUAGCCUUCUAGUUAUGAGCGCUUUUGAAACUGACGAUCAACCUGGGACUUUCAAAUGACCGCGUAUACAAUGCGAAACUUGCCCUUUCAUUCACAAUGUAACUGAGAAAUUUUUACGCAUUCACCUUCUUAAACUUUAUCUAAAGCUGUGGCACGCAGUUGAAUAAGAUGCACUUGGGCAAUCAGUGAGAUUACAGGGCGACAAAUGUCGAAUUCAUCAAAACCUGAUGCAUUGUAGCUCUUUCAACCUUCCGCAUUGUUCUGAUUGUUCAAGCCACCGUGAACACAUUCAAGGUUUUUUUACACCAAGGAAUCACAUGCAGAGCCUUGUAAACCUUCGUCUUUUAAAUCGCGGGCACUCAAAUUCCCCACAAAAUCAACAAUAAACGCUGUUCUAUCGACUAAUUUAUUAUUAUUUUACACUUUGUCAUGUUCGCGGCCUCCAAUAUCGUUGCCUUUACACAACCAUAUGCAAACACAUUCUCGAAUCCCUUGAUUCGAUCUAACGAAGGGCUUGUGCUCAAAACGUCUGCUUUUCAAUACUUUUACGGUUCUAAAAUUGACUUAAGGCCAUGUGGGACACCUAUCUAUGAGGAAAAUUUUGCUUGUGCCUCAUCUUUCAAAACGCUUAUACGUCGGCUCUCUUAUAAUUAGAGGCGAUUUAGAUAUGAUUUUGCAGAGACCUCGUGAAAUGAUGGAAGUUUAGGAGAAAUGUUUUUUUUUUCGGUAGAUCGCUAGAUCGCGCUUUACAGCGAUGCUUAAAGUCACAGUUGUCCAAACUAAGAAAUCGUGAUUUUGUGUCCAAGUUUGCCGAAAGAAUAAAAUACAGCACUGUAUGA